AGUUGCUCCCUGGCGGCUGCACCGGCUCGGAGGAGUGGGAGGAGAAGCUACGCCGCUGGGUGAGUUCCCGGCCACGCUGCUGCCUAGAGGACCCAGCUGGAGAACCGCUGUGGCGGGUUUGCACCUGGCUGAAGACAAAACCUGGAGGAAGACCCGUGGGAGGCAAUGUUUGAGUAACUCCAAGGAGACCAGACGGGGGGAAUGUCAGCCCUCAACUGGAAGCCCUUUGUGUAUGGAGGGCUGGCCUCCAUCACAGCGGAAUGCGGCACGUUUCCAAUUGAUUUAACUAAGACCCGGCUCCAGAUCCAAGGCCAGACAAACGAUGCCAACUUCCGAGAAAUCAGGUAUCGCGGGAUGUUGCACGCACUGAUGAGGAUAGGUCGAGAAGAAGGGCUGAGGGCGCUGUAUUCUGGGAUUGCCCCUGCGAUGCUGCGCCAGGCUUCCUAUGGCACCAUCAAGAUCGGCACUUACCAGAGCUUGAAGCGAUUAGCUGUGGAACGCCCAGAAGAUGAAACCCUGCUGAUCAAUGUUGUGUGUGGAAUUCUGUCUGGAGUCAUAUCCUCGGCUAUUGCUAAUCCAACUGACGUUUUGAAAAUCCGAAUGCAAGCCCAGAACAGUGCUGUUCAAGGAGGAAUGAUAGGCAACUUCAUUGACAUCUACCAGCAGGAAGGGACAAGAGGUCUGUGGAAGGGCGUGUCCCUCACAGCUCAGAGGGCUGCCAUUGUUGUCGGUGUGGAACUUCCAGUCUACGACAUCACCAAGAAGCACCUGAUUCUCUCAGGCCUGAUGGGGGACACCGUCUCUACGCAUUUUCUCUCAAGCUUCACCUGUGGUCUGGUGGGGGCUCUGGCCUCCAACCCUGUUGAUGUUGUGAGGACACGCAUGAUGAAUCAGAGGGUCCUUCGCGAUGGUGGAUGCUCUGGCUACAAAGGUACCGUGGAUUGCCUAUUGCAGACAUGGAAGAAUGAAGGUUUUUUUGCUCUAUAUAAAGGUUUUUGGCCAAAUUGGUUGCGCCUUGGUCCUUGGAAUAUCAUUUUCUUUUUGACGUUCGAGCAGCUGAAGAAACUGGACAUGUGACUAGUCGGUGCCACGCGAGACGUUCUUCUGAAAAGCCAGCAUCGGCGAUGGUAGAACCUUCUGUGCUUCUGGCUGCUUCUCCCCGCACAUCACAGCUUCUAGGAUGAGGGAGCACUAGGAUGGUGAAGACCGGGUUCUUCAGAUUGUCAUGCGUUGGCACCGGGCGCUUUUUCAUCCGUGUUCGGAGACUUAAACCGUAACGUGUCCUCGCGUGUUAUAGUCUUUACCGUGGAAGUGCCCUUUGACACCCGAGAUAAUGUACAGAAUACAUGUUUCUUGCUGUAGAAAACUUGCAGGGAGAUCAGGACCGUGUGCAGUUUCCUCUGGGAGAGCCGCUUUGUUGCCUCUGGGCUUCAGCUGUGAGAAGGCUCCGUUGUGAAUGAGUGUCGUGUUCCUCCCCGCCCCUCCCCCCCCACCUUGGCUAGUAUUAUUCCUCGACCGUUGAGAGCUUUUUAGGUUUCCCAUCAGCUGAAGAGAUUUUACAUUUGGACUUUUAAGGUCUAGACCUGUGCGGUGCACUGACCCUGUCACUGCAGGAAAUAGAUUUUUAGAACAUUCACUGCUUUAUAGUUUCUGAUCGGGCAGAAUCCUUCACUUACAGUAAAUGAAGUUAACCCUCCGAAGGCUCGACCGUUAGCCAUUUGCCCUAUGAUUUUUAGCAAAGUUUAUUUUUUCCAUGUUGAUCACAUGGGGCUAAUCAUGCUUAGUGAAGUCGGUGUCAGAUGAAGGGAAAACUACCGAGACUGCCACGUGAAACGGGAGUGUGUUUACGUAAACAGUUGAGGUACCAUGGGGUUCUGAGGAAGGCCUUGUUGAGUAGCAUUGCAGGUGCAGAUUUUAGUUGCUAAUGACCGGAAGAGGGAUGCCUCCAGACUUCUAGCCUUUCCUUUAGCUCAGGGUGGGUUUGUUUCAUAACCUUUAUCUGAGAUUUCCUAGUUAACUUCCUUGAAAUUAAAAAAAUAUAUAUUUAUUUUCUUUCUUCUUUAAUUUUUGUGAUGUUGGGGAUCAAACCCUUGUGCAUUCUGGGUAUCUGCCACACACUGAGCCCCCCACCCCACCCCAACCCAAACUGAUGACUUUAGCGCCUUUGUUUAUCUCCUUUCCGAUAACAGGUAUAUAACGCCUGGCUACCUAUUUUUAUUUCUUCUGAGACUGAUGAAACCUAUUAUACUUUUCAAAGCAGAAGAUGUCUCUAAGAGCCAAGAGCUUUCUAUUUCUAGAAGGGAGCCCAGUCCCGUCAGGUGUACCCUGUGGAAGUCUCAGUGCUAACUGGGACUCUAAGCCGGGCCGAUGCCAGGUUUAUUUCUCACCUCUCCCC